AUGAGCAGCUCCUUGAGCGAGUUCUCAAACAAUUUGGCCUCGGGCCUGGGCCCCUUGCUCGCCCUCGAGUGCACCACCACCGAGGACUACAUCAUCGUCGCAACAGCGCCCAUCGGCAUCAUCACGGCCCUGGUCUCCGCCAUCAGAAUAUGCGGAGGCGCCUACCUGCGCGCCUUCGUUGGCCGAGCCCAAGAGGGAGCCGCCGCCACCGAGGCGGAGCAGUGCACCUCCAAGGGCCGUGAUGUCUGCGAGCUGUUUACCAGGGGCGGCAUCACCCGCUCGCUGGGGAAGCCGUCAAUUCUCGAGCUUGUGCAUCUGCAGCCUGCUCCAUAUCUGAAGAGACACGGUGACGGCAGAUGGUCCAAGAGGACCGGAGAUACCAGAAUCAGGCAGCGCAAAGGCCUGGGAAACUGGCUGAACAGGGUCCAGUCCCACCUGAAGGACCCCGAGGGAGACGCUCUGCUAAAGGCCGAGGAGAAUGGGCCGACACGGGGAGAUUGA